GAGACCGUUGUACCCGGGGCGCGCGUGCGAGUGCAGCAUGGCGAGCAGGUCACGCUCGGCCAGGUGCUGUUCGAAGUCCCCCCUCGCAAGGCGCCGGCGGCGGCGGGCACGAAGGGCAAGAAGGAGAAAAAGGUUGAGGUCGAGAAGAUCCCGAAGCCCAUCCUGUCCGACGAGUCUGGCGAGGUGUUCGUGACCGAG